GCAUGCCAUCUUAUUGAUUUUCCACUUGUUGCUCCCACUGUAUCUUGCUGUAGCGAAUAAAAAGCUAUAUCUGCACGCUGAAGCUUAAACCUGAGUUGAAAUUUAUUCUCCCGAUUAUUACCGGUAGAACUGGUCUCGCGGUUAAAAAACCCCACUUGCGUUCAAAGCUCCCGCCCGAUUUUGACUCACCAAGUUCGGAGUUCUCGUGUUUUUCGUUGGCAAUUAGUUGAAUUUAAGCUUCAAAACUGGCAGCACGCAUCAUGUCCGCAGGUCGAGUGGUUAUUUACGGCGGCAAGGGAGCCUUGGGCUCGGCCUGUGUCGAUCACUUCAAAGCCAACAAUUAUUGGGUUGGCAGCAUCGAUCUGACGGAGAACGAGCAGGCCGACGUUAGCAUCGUGGUGCCACGCGAUGCUGCCUGGGCGGCACAGGAGGAAACGGUGGUCUCCAAGGUCGCAGAAUCCCUGGCCGGCGAGAAACUUGAUGCCGUCAUCUGCGUGGCUGGCGGCUGGGCAGGCGGUAAUGCCAAGAAGGAUCUGGCCAAGAAUGCUGAUCUCAUGUGGAAGCAGAGUGUUUGGACCUCUGCCAUUUCGGCAGCUGUGGCUGCUCAGCAUCUGAAGGAAGGAGGAGUGUUGGCCCUCACUGGAGCUAAGCCCGCUCUGGAGGGCACUCCCGGCAUGAUCGGCUAUGGAAUGGCCAAGGCAGCUGUCCACCAGCUGACCCGAUCUCUGGGCGCUGAGAAAUCCGGUCUGCCAGCUGGUUCCCUGGCUGUGUCCAUACUUCCCGUAACUCUGGAUACACCCAUGAACCGUAAAUGGAUGCCAGAUGCGGACUUUGGCACCUGGACUCCACUCACAGAGGUGGCCGGACUUUUCCUUAAGUGGACCCAAGCUCAGGAGAGGCCCGCAACUGGAUCCCUGCUGCAGCUGAUCACCAAGAACGGCGUUACGCAGCUCAUUGCCGCCGAAUAGGUUUGGUGAUACAGAUACAGAUCCAAAAACAUUUACAUACAACAAGAAUGCUCAAAAACCAUAAUCUAAACGCUUUCGCUUGUACAUAAACUAUUCAUAAAUAAAUCGCUGGGCGGCUUUCGAUCGUUUAA